CCGAAGACACGCUGCCAGUCGCGAGGCGGUCGACGUGCUUCGCUCGUCUGUGGCAGGCUUCGCCGUCCGGGGCAGGCCAUGCCUGCUUCCAGCGUGCCUUUUUGCUCCGCGUGCUCGUGAUACGUCCACUCCAUUGCGGCGACGCUAUAGUUGUGCUUGACUCCCGGAUACGAGGUGCAUCGGCACGUUCUUGCGGAUACCAAACCAGGAGUGUGUGUCCAGUGUUCUUCCCGGGGCUCAAGGGUGCGCGUGGUUCGAGAUCUCGUAAGCUCGUGCGCGAUCUUCGGGAUCUGGCGGUGGUGUUGUGCGGUCGUUUCGUGAGUGUCGACUCCUUCGCGGCGGUGCCGCGUGGAUUUUCAAGGCCUCCCCUGCGGAGAGGAAAGAAAUCGCAGCGUGUUUGUGUGUGUGUGUCCUCGUUACCUUAGAUUCGGUGGCACUGGGCGCGCGCCGUGAAUAGGGCCGACGACUGCACCUUUUGUGCGACGACUCCGUGAUUCUAUUGCCUCCUCCACGGCGCGUUACGGCGCCCCGGAUUCUCUCUUUUGUGGAUGUAGCCAUGUGAACAGGAGCCAGUCUGGUCAUGCGGGAGGCUUGCCGCGAUGGCGGACCUCCUUCGGCGGCCUCCUGCACCAAAGUCCGAAACGUCAGGCAGCGGGCGGGGCUCGCGGUGCCGCUGGAAGUGCGUGCCGCCGUUUCUGGGCAGCAGUGAAGCACGGGGCCCAAACUCUCGCGCCCUUGCACUGACGUGGUGGAGCUGCCGGAGGAGGUGGAAAUGGCGGGGCCGGACCAUGUGCCGACCCUGGCGGAGAGGCUGUACCAGGCAGCCGUGGCGGGACAGACGGACACCGUGGUCGAGCUGUGCCGGAUCGGAGCCAGGAUCGAGGCGGACGCGGAGGGUCGCACGGCUCUGCACAUGGCUGCUGCCAAUGGCUACGUGGACACCGCCCGAGCUCUCAUCCUAGCCGGAGCCAAGGUCAACGCCCUGGAUGCUUGCGGCUACUCUCCCCUGCACCAGGCAGCGACCGAGGGUCACGAGGAAGUGGUGCGGCUACUCGUCAAGCACAACUGCCUCGUCGACGUACAAGACGAAAUGCAUGGGAACACGGCUCUGCACGAGGCAGCUUGGAAAGGCUACAGUCGGACAAUUGAAGUUCUUUGCAAGAACAAGGCAAACGUGUACAUAAAAAACAAGGGUGGCUUCUCACCACUGCAUCUCGCGUGCCAGAACGGUCACAACCAGAGCACGAGGGUACUUUUGCUGGCUGGCUGCAAACCGGACAUCAAGAACAACUACGGCGACACUCCGCUGCACACGGCUUCCCGCUACGGUCACGCCGGCGUGCUUCGGAUACUCAUCAGCGCGUUCUGCAACGCCAGCGAAGUGAACAAGAAUGGGGACAGUGGCUUACACAUCACGGCAGCGAUGGGCCGUCGAAAGUUAACGAGGAUACUACUGGAAGCCGGCUGUGACCCAACCAUUGUGAACAAGCAAGGGGAAACGGCGCUGGACAUCGCCCGGCGCAAGGAGUUCAACGAGGUGGCCGACCUGAUCGAGCAUCCGCCGCCGCAAGUGAUCCAGCUGGACUCGUCCUCCUCGCCGCUCGAGCAGCAGAGGCCCGGAGAAGGGGGCAAGAAACGCGAAAAGGAGAGCGGCACGUCGCAGGGCAGCAAGGACAGUGAUCACAACAAGGGUCGCGCCAAAGACAAGCACAAGAAGAGCAAGCACGGCCACAAGGUGCAUUUCGACGACGAGAAGAAGGACAAGAAAGGAAAGCUGAGUCCCUACGGCUGUCACCAGACGCCCAACCUGAGUGCCUUCCCUUCGCCCAAGCUGGAGACGCUGCCCGCUGAGCCUUUGGGCAAGGGAGAGCAGUACUUCCUCGACCUGGCCGGAAACAUUCGCAAGGGCCCUGUCGGGAAAGGCUACACGUGCUACUGCGCGCCCUUCUUCCACAACGUGGAGAAGAAGCUCGAGGCGGACAAGCAGGAGCUGAUCGACCACAUCGACCACGCGCACGAAGAUCUGAACGCCAAGAUCGCGCACCUGGAGCGCAAGACGCGCAACCAGCUCUUCAACCUGAACCAGUCCGUGCGCGAGAAGCUGGCCGCCGAGAAGACCGAGUGCCAGGAGCGGGUGGAGCGCGCCGCCCAGCGCGAGCGGCUCGAGCGAGAGCGGCGGCAAGAGACGCAGCACGCCGAGCUCCGCAGCGAGCUCCAGAGCUACGUGCGCGAGCGGGUCGCGCAGGUCGACUACCGCUGCAGCCCGCUGGGCCAGAGUGCGGACUGCAAGAACAGGUUCAGCGAAGUGCCGCCCCAUUGGUCGAGAAGGGCUAGGCUGAACGGUUUCUACGGCAAUGGAGUCGCCAGGGCCAAGUCGGAGGAAGUCCUGCGAGACUUCAACGGCGCCGACGGCAUCGACGAAGAGGAGCUGGCCGACGUGACCAACGACCGAAUCGUGAACGGGCGCGUGCCUCCGACGCAGGCUCCACCACCGUCGGGGCUCUUCGGCAACGAAGUGGGUCUGCCGCCGCCCCCCGCGCACCUAGCGAACAGGGUGGCAUGCGGGAGCCGGCCGGACUUCGAGAAACUCGGCGCGAAGCCCAAGUACCCGCUGUGGGACCACGCGGGAGGAGAGAGAACGAAAAACGGGAUCCGUCGAAGUCCAGCGGACCAGGCAUCUCCGGGAACGGUGAGGCAUUUCAAGAGCCACGGGGACCUCACGGCGACCUACAAGAAGGAAGACUACCAGGACGAAGAGAAGGAGAAGGAAGAGGUCAGCAGCCCGAACCAUUCGCCGUCUCCGCCCGCCACGACCAACGGAACGUGCGGGGAGGGUCCGCGGCCGUCGCCCUCGCCCGCUGGCAACGGCGACUUGCCGCCGACAGCGCACACGACAGCUCAGGCGACAACGUCGACAACGACAACACCGCCGCCGACGCACCCGAAACCCGCCAAGCCACCGCUGAUGCCGCGACCCACGCAUCCCCCUCCUUACUCGAGCCACGUGCAUCGCUUUUCGGCGACGCCGAGCAGUCAAGCGAGGCCGCUGCGAGUGUCGUACGGGCCAUCGCCCAGCGAACUGGCGGCGGCCGACGCCGUGUCGGGCUAUUACAACGGCGGCGCCGCAUACGCGAACGCCAACGGUGGUGCGGUCGAGGACCAGCUCUGCAAACUGAACGAGGGCCUCUCGUUGGACCCCGAGAGCGGAUGUCCCUCCAGUGAAGUGUGAAAGCGGGCCCCUCCCCUCGUCUCCUAAUGAAAAACAGACAUAUUCCGCACAGUGAGAGUGUCACACGCCCGACGGCGCGAGGAAAAGAACUCGCGAACCGUGUGUGAACUUAACUUUCGGUGCUGUUUAUUUAUGCCAUCACAUUUUUUUUUCUCAGUGAACGAACUGCAGGAACUGGAAAAGCCUGUCACUUGAAGUUGGUCUGCAUACCGUGAUGCCAUCGUUGAAGUGAUCACGUCAUGAGAUGAAGCGAAUGCAGAGCAUUUCUUAACAUUUGCGCGUGAGACGUAACUAUAUUUUUUCUUCUUUUACCAUAGAGAUACUUUAAAAACAUGUGUUCAUUCAUAACAACGAUGACUGUAUAUUGAACAGCGAAGACAACCACUGUCAUAUUUACGCAGCGCUUAGCAUAGUGUGAAGUCAUCACUUCUUCCUACAUAAUUAGGCGUAGCUUACCUGUGCACCUCGUAAAACAUUCGAUUCGUACAAAUAUGGGUGCGUCAGGCGGGGAAUACCGGGUUUUACUAUAAACUGACGGUACCGUACAAUGCAAAACAGCAUUUAAUGCGAACAUGAAAGUUCUUUUAGAUACUCACAUUGUGUAUCUUUAGUUAAGUGAAAGAUAAUUGAAUGGUUGGCUUAAAACCGCGCUACAGAAGAAACAAGUGCUACCAUUUCUUUCAGUACAGUUGCUUAAUAUUUAAACUAGUGAAAUAAAAUGCCGUAAAGGACUCUAAAGUUACACAAUUCACACUUUCGUGUCAUCAUGUACAUCGCCAUCGUAUGUACUAGCCGCUGACUUCCCGUACUAAGCUUAGGAGGCUAAGCGUGACAUCGGGGAGCACGAAACUGCAUUUUCUGCAACAUAUUUCAUCAUAUCAUUAAAGACAGCUAAAAGAGUAAACGUAUUCGCAACCUAACUUAAUACCAUCCAUGCGAAGUGCCGAUUCUUACAAACUCGGAGACAGCGAGCAGUGAACUAACAAAACGGGUUCACAAAAAUUAUUCAUCCAUAGACGAAACGAGUGCUGCUUUUUCGGCUCAGUAGAAUUUAUUGCUGAAGGCUACAUUUAAUAUAAUUUCAGCUGGGCCAAAUGCGAACCACAUUUAAACUCAAGCAACCUAAACGCUCUGUGCCUUGACAGUCUUAUUCGAAACUGCGUGAGUGACACCUUGACUUCAAAUCCUUCUGUCGCGAUGCAGCUCUUCCAGCGAGAAGAGCUGAACUUCGCAAGUCCUGAAAAAGAGAGAGGAUGACAACUUCAGCGAUGUCCCUGAACGGGACAUCACCUUGAAGUCGUCAGGGUAACUCGUGCGUUUUCUAUUAGCCCGUUCCGUAGUGUCAUGAUAUGCUCCAGGACUUUCAUCGUGUCUAUCAAGUCAGCCACUUCUUUUCACGCUGUUGUAGAGAGCAAGAAAAUGCAUAUCAUUGACGAGAUGGUGGCCCUUGUGUUGCUGCUCACGCCACUGAAAGCUGUCUGAAUACGUAUAAUGAACCGAGUUCGCGCUUUGUCAUUGUUUGCAACCAACUCAGACAUCUGACAUACACACUCACAAAACAAAAAUCGCUACACGUGUUCUAUAGUGCGUACAACAUUUUCAUUCAAUUCCAUGGAGUCUGCAUACUCUGAAGAGCGACAGAAAACUGUAGCAAGGACAGUGUGUGUUCUCUGUUUCAUCUGUGUUGAAACGGACUGACGCGCAAGGAAUCACGUGUUCAUAUCAAUAGAUGUGUACAGUUUCUUUAUAAAACAUCUAAUAAAAGCCAUAACAUAUUUACGCGCCU